AUGGCUUCUAACCCUGAAUCAUUCUAUGAACUGUACAGGCGCAGCAGCAUUGGCCUCGCGCUGAUGGACAUGCUCGACGAUCUGAUCAGCGCUGAGCGCAUCUACCCGCAGUUGGCCAUGAAAAUCCUGGCCAACUUUGAUCAGGCCAUCACAGAGGCUCUUCAGAAGAACGUGAAGGCUCGUCUGACGUUCAAGGGGAGCUUGUCGACGUACCGCUUCUGUGACGAAGUCUGGACCUUUCUCAUCAAAAAUGUCCAAUUCAAGCUCGAUAAUGGCGGGCAACUGGUCUCUGCGGACAAGGUCAAGAUUGUGAGCUGCAACGCGAAGAAGCCUGGCGAGGGCCCUUGA